AUGUUGGACUACGGUUGGGGAAACCCGCCUCCGAUCAUGCUCUCCGGCGACGACAGCCCCCACGAUUCCGACAUGACGACCCGCCACGUCUUCAACCCUUACGCGGCCCAAAACUUCCCGGAAACAGCCGCCGCUUUUGUCCACCCGGACAACCAUUUCGCUACCGCCGGAGGCGGCAGCGGCGGCCACCUCCCUUUCCAUCCACCGCAGAACCCCAACCCCCAAUUCACCACCCCAUUCUACGACCUACGCGGCGCCUACGGCGUGUCCGCCACCUCCUAUCCCAACCACCAACACCAGCCGCCGUCGAUGUUGACCCUCGAGCCGGCUGGGCCGAACGGGUUCUUGGUGGUCCCAAAAACCGAGCCGGCGGUUGUCGCGGGUGGGCUGGAGUUCAACGCAGUGGAGUACAGCAGCAGGAUUGGGUUGAACCUCGGCGGCCGGACCUACUUCGCCUCGUCAGAGGACGACUUCGUGAACCGGCUCUACCGCCGGUCCAGGAUCCUCGACCCGGGUUCGGUCAACUCGCCCAGGUGCCAGGCCGAGGGCUGCCACGCGGACCUGAGCCACUCCAAGCACUACCACCGCCGCCACAAGGUGUGUGAGUUCCACUCCAAGGCCGCAACCGUCAUCGCCGCCGGACUCACCCAGCGGUUUUGCCAGCAGUGCAGUAGGUUUCAUUUGCUGUCGGAAUUUGACAACGGGAAAAGGAGUUGCCGGAAAAGACUCGCCGACCAUAACCGGAGAAGAAGAAAGUCACAAACUAAUAAUCAAGAAAGCAGUAACAAGCCACAACUUGAUAACAAUGCAACCAAUUCCUCCUCUGAUAACUUAGCAAGGUCCCCACCGGAUUCCGGCCAGCAUUCGUCUUCUGUCACGGUGGCUAUUUCCCCGCCGAAAAUCUCUCUCAACUGUUUUGGACACAGAUCUUAUGCGGGCGUGGGCCCCACCACUUCGUCCAGUGCGUCGACGAGCUCACUUUUCUACUCGAACGGCGGCUGA